UAGUAAUAUACCGUAAAAUGAAUUGAAAUCCCGCAUGAUCCUCUAUUCAAAACUCGCGCCCUCCAGGCCAUCAAGCAAGAAGCGACAGUGUGACAGUGAUGAGUGGUGUAGUGUGGAUGUGUGCGUCCGUCAAUCUUUCGUACCUACGGCUUUCCGUGAGGCGGCUGGAGCAGGAAAUCGCCGAGCCGUGCUGCAGAGGAAAGGAUGGCAGGUGGUGCCGCGGUGAACACUGCCAACACGUGCAGGAGGAAAGGCACGGGCCACUAACAAAAACAAAAAGAAAAUGUGGACCCUUUCAAUUUUGUUUUAAUACAACUAAUCAACACUGCAGUUCGGUGGCCAGUGGCCACAGGCACGGUGGUCCACAGCACUUGACGACUCGUUUAGCCGCGUGGAAGCUGACAGAAAUGAACAGGAUGGCUCGUCACCUUGACGCGUAUAGUACAAGAAAGGAUGGCAGGUGGUGCCACGGUGAACACUCCCAACACAUGCAGGAGGAAAGAAAGGAUGGCAGGUGGUGCCGCGGUGAACACUGCCAACACGUGCAGGAGGAAAGAAAGGAUGGCAGGUGGUGCCGCGGUGAACACUCCCAACACAAGCAGGAGGAAAGAAAGGAUGGCAGGUGGUGCCGCGGUGAACACUGCCAACACGUGCAGGAGGAAAGAAAGGAUGGCAGGUGGUGCCGCGGUGAACACUGCCAACACGUGCAGGAGGAAAGAAAGGAUGGCAGGUGGUGCCGCGGUGAACACUGCCAACACGUGCAGGAGGAAAGUGAGUACCUGCUUCAUUACAUCAUGUGCACUCUGUUUUGGAACUCGAUGUUAAACUUUUUUUUUUUUCCAUGUCAACCGAAACCUGUCUGUUGCCAGCCUUUCUCCUGUCUGCUUCCCACGAAUCUAUGAAGGAAAGAAAGGAUGUGCUUCCAUGGUAUCGUGUCAGUUGUAUUAUCCAUUGAAGGAUUAGUUGAAACCUUUUUUCCAGAGCUUUGUUUUUGUCUCCCAUUUUUCUGCCUUCCCAGGGUAUAUAUAUAUGAAAGAAGAAUGUAAAUUUAGUCUAUUAUGUUCAUUGUAACAUGUAUUCCAGUCUUUGUGUGCUUAUUUUAGUGUAUGCAUAGAGAAAAGAAGGAUACGAAAUCAUAUAUUUUCUAUAAUGGUGUCAUCUUUAUGGUGCAAAUAUUUGCUUGGAGAUUCAGUUGAAACCUAAUAUUUAGGUUUCAAUACCAUUUUGGAGUUCAAUUUUUUUUUUUCGUAUUUAUCUUUUGUAUGUACGAAUAUACGAGUGAAAAAAUGGAAAGAUGCAAUUACAAAAAACUUUCCAGCAUAAGAGGAAUAUUCACCUGAGACUUUAUUAGGUAACAGAUAUCAGAUAUUCUAAUUUAUUCGUUUAUUUAUCGUUUACUGUGUUUUACCGUUAUGUAGAUUAAUAAUAUUUUGCAUGUUAUGAUAAAGUGUCCUUGGAAAAUAUUAAUGUAACACAUUUCAUUUAGUGUGGAUUUGAUUUCCACAUAAAAAAAAAGAUAAAUAAAUAAAUGAAUAAAAAUAAAAUGAAAUAAAAUAAUCUUUCAUUCUAUGGAGAAAACAUAUUUACGUUUUCUUUUUUCAAUUGGUAUUGAUAUUAUUUUUAACUCUG